AUGUUAUUACCUGUGAUUCAUUCAUUUACUUGUGAACGUAUCCAUUAUUUUAUGAAUUCCUAUUAUACAGUGAAUAUCCAUUCAGAUUAAAUUAGAAUUAAUAAGGUAUAUCUUAUACUUACAAUGAAAGUUUAAAUCACAAAAUUCAAAGUAUAUUUGUUUACUCAAUUUUGAUAAUAAAGUAUAUUGGUAUACAGAGUAACAAAAAAUUCGUGCAUUUGGGAUUAUAGUUAAAAAGAAAGUAAAGUUCUUUAAAGGAAAUCAUAAGGAUUUAGAAGAAAUGAGAAAAAUAAUAGCAUGCAAAGUUUUAUUUGAUGGAAUAGUGAGUAUGUAUAAAUGUAAUCGCUAAAUUGGAGAAGGAGCAGAUAGUAAAGUAUUUAAAGUGGAAGACAUUAUUUAAAAGUCUUUUUGGGCAUUAAAAUGUUUAGAAAGAAAAGAUGAUUUUUAUUAAGAGAUCAGAAUGCAUCAGAACUUAGAACAUAAUCAUAUCAUUCAAUUCAAAGAAUACUUUUAAGGUGAACAAUAUUAUUAUAUUAUAAUGGAAUUAAUGGGAGGUUAAACAUUAUCAAAAUUAUUAGAGAGAAAUCUUAUUACAACACAUUAAUAAUGCAAAACUAUUAUUUAGGUAUUAUUUAAUUUAAAUGUAAGGCUCUUUUAUAAGCUUUGGUCUAUUUAAAGAAUGAAGGUAUUAUUCAUAGGGAUAUCAAACCUGCUAACAUUAUGUUUGCAUAAUCUGGAAAAUUAGAUACUUUAAAAUUAGUAGAUUUCAAUUUUGCUAUAAAAUAAUAUGAUACAAAUGUUUAAUCUAUAUUAGCUGGUAUGUAUACAGCUCCUGAAGCAUAAUAAGACAAUCCAAUCUAUAGUGAUAAAAUGGAUGUUUAUAGUUGUGGUGCAAUAUUGUAUAAAUUAUAUUCAGGAGAAGAUAUUCAUCCAUUUAGAUAUAUGCAAGAAUCUAAUGUGUUUUAUAAUGUAAUAAGAAAUGGUUCUAUAGAUUAUACAGUCUUGGAGAAAGCUAAUGUUCCUUAUAAAGCUAUUCAUUUAAUUAAAGCAAUGCUAGAAGUAGAUCAUAAUAAAAGAGUGAGUGCUCAAGAAGCAUUAUAAUUUGAAUACUUUUAAAAUGAAUCUCUAAGUCCAACUGAAAAGAGAUCACGCUUUUAAUAAAGAUAUCAAAAUGAUAGUCUCAAAAUUGGAGUAACUGCUGACUUUGAAAUUCUUAUGGAUUAAGAUGCUAAAUGUGCAAACAUAAGAAAAAUGGAGAUCCAUCAUCAUCAUUGA